AUGGCCAACACUAUCCCUACCUUUAAGCUUGUUCUUGUUGGUGACGGUGGAACCGGAAAAACUACGUUUGUCAAGCGCCACUUGACAGGAGAGUUCGAAAAGAAGUACAUCGCUACUCUUGGUGUUGAGGUCCACCCUCUAUCCUUUUCGACAAACUUCGGCACGAUCUGCUUCAACGUAUGGGACACUGCCGGGCAGGAGAAGUUCGGUGGUCUGCGUGAUGGCUACUACAUUCAGGGCCAGUGUGGGAUCAUCAUGUUCGAUGUCACGUCCCGUAUCACAUACAAAAAUGUCCCCAAUUGGCACCGUGAUCUCGAACGGGUGUGCGAAAACAUCCCCAUCGUGCUGUGCGGAAACAAGGUCGACGUGAAGGAGCGGAAGGUGAAGACGGGACAGGUGACCUUCCACCGGAAGAAGAACAUCCAGUACUUCGAGAUUUCGGCAAAGUCGAACUACAACUUCGAGAAGCCAUUCCUUUGGCUUGCAAGGAAGCUGGUCGGCAACCCCUCUCUCGAAUUCGUCGCUGCGCCUGCCUUGGCACCCGCUGAAGUCCAGGUCGAUGCCGCCCUGAUGGAGCAGUACCAGAAGGAGUUGGCGCAGGCCGAAGCUGUUCCCCUUCCGGAAGAAGAUGACGACCUUUGA